UGUGUCUUGCUUCAUCCCUGCUUGUGUUCCCACUGAAUGCAUACAUUCCAUGUACACAGAAUAGUUACAGUAGCACAUAUUGGGUAUCUCCAUCUGUCACACCCUACAAUAAAAAUGUGACUGCAGAUACAUUUUUAGAUUAAUCCAAAUACCCCUUAAGUGUCAGGAGUAUUCCUGUCCAUAAUCCUAGCUGUAAUCAUGGAUUUGUCACUAUUGGUAACAACUUCUAGACCGUUAAUUAUGUGAAGCCAAAUGCAACUGUUGGUAAAGAUAUUUCGGGUUUCUCUUAUGCUACCUUUGGAGCGUGUCGGCUCUGAAGGUGAAAGCCUUUUGCCGUACGGGUUUGACGUCCCUAACUGGGUCUUAUGUAUUUAGCUUCUAAUGAGAUUAUCUGUCACCAGCAGAGUGACUGCUACAGGCAAAGAAAUCAAGGGAAGUUACAUUUGUAACGCGCUUUUACGGUCAGUUUUGCGUUUGCACUGGACAUUCCUUUAGUAACGAUGAGAAAUAUAACCUGGUACUUUUGACUGGCUACGACCUGAUGCUACUUGCUCAUCUCGAGGUUGUGCUGCCACCCGGCCUGUGGUCUCAUGGUUUGCCAAUUGUUAUGAAGUACCCUACAAUGAGUGUGCAGCAGUGUGGCAGCACCUCAAAGGCUGUGCCUUUGAAUAACACUGGUAAUACCAGUGAAGAGGACAGUGAUGAAGAUGCUCAACGAGAGGUCCUGGCUGCUUCCCUCAACCGGCUCUCUAUUCUGGAGCGUCUUGGCCCAACCAGUGAUGAGAUGACUGAAGGGGAGGUGGAGAGUGCGUUCUCCCAGCUGACUCUGGCCUUCCGCUGUGACCAGUACACACUGAGCCAGCGUCUGCAGGCAGAGGAGCACGCUCGCAACAAGGCAGAGGAGAACCUGCAGCUGGAGCUGCAGAGGGGCAAAGAGGCGGUGGAGUUGCUGAAGGGAAUGUGUUUGGACAGCAAGCGCUAUAAAAUCCUUCAGAAGCUGGAGUUUACGCUGGAUAUCCUGGGAGGAACCGUCGAGCAGGUGGCCAGAACGGCUGAGGUGCUGGGAGCUGCUCACCAGGAGGCCAAAGUGAGCCGCGCGGUGGAACUGAUGGUGGCCCACGUAGACAACCUGCGCCAGCGGCAUGACCGGCACUGUGCCGAGCUGGAGGAGACCAAGAAGCUGAUCAGCGCAAGUGUGCCCAUCGACCAGCCGCUGCCCGAGCUCAGAGAGGAAAUUGAAAUGCGCAUUAGGACCAACAAAGACAUAGGAAAGUAUAAUCUGCGACGCAGAAUCAGCUCUUCUGUUCUUACAAGGCAAUCCAGUAUAAUCCAGGAGAUCAAAAAAACAAAAGACAAAGAGAACCUGAAUGAAGAGCUGUCCGAGGAGGGGGUCACUAAACCACCAGUGACCCAGCCCCAGGGCUCUGAACCCAAGGCUGCCAGUACACCCAAGAUGGAGGACGAGGAGUGUGCAUCAGUGGCAGAGAGUUGUACGCAGCACGUUUCUCCAGUAGAGGGCAGCAUGGAGGUUGUUAUCACACAGACCUUGUCAAACGUCUCUCUCAGUGCGUGUCCAGGGCCCUCCACUGUCUCCAAUCAUGACGAGGUAAACCCACCGAUCCCCAACAGACCCCCCCAGAGGAGCCUAAGAAGGAGGCAAAGGAGCAAAGCCGAGCUGGAUGGGUUCUCGUCCAAAGGAAAAAGAGAAAGGCACGACUACAGUGACAGUGACACAAGUGACCCCAGCCUUUUCCCUCGCAUCUUUGUCAGACAGCGCCUCCUAGUGCACUGGCUGCGUCACUGCCGCUGGAUUCUCACCUGCGUCUACCUCACCAUCCUGGUAUCCAUUAUACUGCUAGCCAUUUUCUUCUGGUUCGUCCGAACGCCUGUUCUUUGGAUGUGAAAACACUUUUCACAGUUUACAAAACAACUCAGCUCAGGACAGAACUGUACUGGAAAGCAAUGACAUUUUUAUUCUUAUUGUUCUAACGCAUUAACACUUGACUUCCUCAGAUUUGCAAGAAAAAAAUCUUUAUAUUAUUUUUGUUAACUUUGGUGUCAAAUUUGGUGGCAAUGAUAGAAAAGAGUUGUCAGUGUAAAUAAACUCAGGCUUUGGAUAAACACGCUGUGUUCUAUGUCUGUGUCAUGUCUGAUUGUCUUAUGUUUUCCUUU